UGUCUUGUUUAAAAUACAAAACAACCCCAAAUUUUGGGCAGAUUUGUGUUUUAUUGGUAGUACAACUUUUAAUUAGCUUAACAAAUCAUUUAAAGUAAUGUCCGCAGAUCGACUUGAGUUUUUACGCGAGCAGAACCGACGUUUGCUGACGCAGCUGAAGCAGCAAAGGGAGAACCUGGAACAGCGGAGCGGCUGCAGGGGGAGCGAGGCCGAGGUGACGGUCACCACGAAUGGAGACCGCGGUCCUGCCAGGGCAGCCCUCGCUAAACCCUCCGUGAGAUUUGUUGAACCCCUUGAGAUACACAGAAACCUCCAGCACAUUGUUUCUGCACCAUCUGAGACCUCCAAACAUAAAGGAGUAACUGCUGAACACACAACACAGACUGAACCCUUGAACGACAGCUACAGAAAUCUACAAGUUGGAAACGAACUACAAGACACGAGGCCAUUAACUGCCAAGUCAUGUCAGUUUAAUCCCACAAGAAACCAGAAGGAGACCAAAAGUCAAGUGACGUUUGGAUCUGAUGAUGGGGAACACAAACCAUUCUCAUUCAGUCAUCAUUUACAGCCUUUAUUGGGAUAUGACUGGAUAGCAGGAGUUCUGGACACCGAAGACUCGUUAGCUGAGCAAUCUGACGAGUUCUUUAACGACCUACGUGUGUUUAGAUCGCUCAAUAAAGAUGAGUGUAUCCAUGACGCACAGUCAGAAUUAUUUGAAGAGAGGCGUUCAGUAGCACCACUCCUAACAGAUGAGGACAACCAAGAAGCAAACACAGACUCUCAUCAGUGCACAUUCUCUUACAGGAUUAACAACAGACUGUUUCCUGUCCCACUUCACUCUCGGGAGUGCUGCCCAGUGUGCAAAAAGCACAAAUCUUCCCACCCUCACUCUGCUGCUGAACCCGCUCUGAUCAGGGUGAGCCUUCCUCGCACCGCCCUCUUACCACCUUACAAAUACAAAGCUCACCGGCGGAGCAGCUUUGACCCUUCAGACAGUUUGGGGUUACCAUCGCACUGCCUCUCAGGCUGGUCAAACACAGGCCAGACCACCGUGCCACCUCCCAGCAGCCUCGACCUGCGGAGCAGUCUCAAACCAAACAACUCCGAGUGCUCACUGAACCAGGAACUGGAGGACCUUUCUGCGUCCACAGGAGAACAAAACGUCGACCAGAUUGCAGACGUCUCUCGCUUGGCUCGUCACAACUUUCAGCAAUUCUCCAUAAAAAGAAAACUGGGCUCUCAUCUUGUGUGCUGACAAAAAGAUCCAGCGCGUUCUGAAAUAAUCACAGUUU